AUGACCUCAGACCCAUACCUGUACCCCAGCGUUGACCCUUCAGAUGCCGAUGACGGUGAUUUCACAGGGGAUGACUCUGACUCUAGCUCGGAGUCAGAGUCAUUAGGCUCUAACAGUGAUGUUCAGGAGAUAACAAAUGCGGAGCUUGCUGCAAUGCUGCCUAUGAAAACUGUACCACAACGAGGGGGAAACGACACACACCAACUCCGACAGAAAACGAAGCGCAAGGCCAACCGACCUUUGCCUGCCACCAGCAACUCCCAGGCGUCCAAGCAUGCUCGCGUGGAGGAAGUAGAUGAUGAGGACAGUGGUAGCUUACAGCCAUCAACAAGCUCAGCUCUUCCCCAACUAUCGAAGGCCAGCAAGCACAAUCCAAUCUAUUAUUUCUAUGAGCUUUUGGGCAACCGCAAGGUCCUUACCAUCACGCGUGCGAUGAAAAGCAGUUUGAAUGGUUUGAUCGGUAAUCUGAAGACUCAUUUUCCACCAAUGUAUCGACUAUAUCUGCUUUUGAAGUCCUGUGGGACCCCACCUACUGAUGAUGAACUCUGGAUAGCACAGGGAGAGAAGGUUCUCGAUCCUGCCGCAGCUGUGCAAUAUCUGGUCCAGCUCGAGCAAGCAUCAGUAAACAUUAUCGAUGCAUUCAACAAGCAGGUCAUCAAAGCUUUUGGUGACUGGAACCAAGCAAGGUUUGAAGAGCUGCUCGCACAGUGGCUUGUAGCGUGUGACCAGCCAUUUGAGGAGGUAGAAUGA